CCUUUUAUCUGUAAAUUGGUUGCAUGUCCUUUGCAUUGUGUCAUAAAUGAUUUCCCUACCCUUAAAUUUCUGAAAGAAGUGAUCUGUUUUCAAGUGAUGGGAACCAUAUCCUACUAAGCCAGUCAGGAGAGCAAAGAGUUACAGUGGUGGUAAGUUUUCCUGACCACCUUCUUUGACUGCAGAUCAGCUGGCUUCAGCUUCAAGCAAUGUGGCAAAGGUGAAAUAAGAGAAGCCUGGUGUGUGUGGUGGGGAGAGCAGCUCUUCUGAGUUAUGCUUAAGAAACAGGAUUCAUUUAGGGGGUUGUUGCAAGGUGUGUCAAAAGGCAUUUGUCACAGCGUCAUGCCACAGGCUUUUCCCUCCGGCCGUGUUUCUGUGUACAGCAUUCCAGCUCCGGACGCUGAACGGGCUGCAGGGCAGGAAAGUCUGCGUGUUUGCUACUGCCCAUCCUACCACGAAGGUUUGUGCCGAAAGUAUCGUUUCUUUGAAUGGAUAAAGUUGUGUUUCUGGAGGAGAUGUCUUCUAGGAAUAUUACCUACAGUUUCUUUAACAGUUACAGCAAUCGUGCUAGUCCUGCACUACUCACUCUCUCCAGCUUUUUCCUUUAUUUAUAUCAGUGGAAGUGUUGAAAUUCCUAAUUUGACUUACACAAAUGAUCUCAGUGAUCCAACAUCACCGAAGUUCCUCUUGCAAGCAAAAGCAAUCCAAAAUUAUUUGGCAGAAACAUAUGACUCUUCCUUCUUGGGAAAGUACUACUUGAAGUCUGUAGUGGCUGCUUUCAGUGAAGGAGAGUCUGGGCUGCGAGCUUACUUCUGGAAUACAUUCUGGGCACCACAAGAUAUAGUUGUUUCUCUCAAAAAAUUAAUCCCAGUGGAACAAAAAGAAAUCUGUAAUAAACAAGCAGCUCCCUUGUUCAGUUCUGGGGAGGAAGAUUUUGAUCAUGUUACAAUGGAGCUUUUUGUUUCAGAUUCCACAGAAUAUGAUGUGAUGCUAAAAUCAGUGUCCUUUGACCUGUAUGCCAAGCCAGGUAACAACAGGACUCUAACUCUGAUGAAUCCCAAAAAGUCAUUUUAUCAAUGGAGACUGCGAGUUCCUUCUAAUUACGUGGUGAGGCUGGUAGUGAUCGCUUUGCGUGGAGUCACUGCAGGGAGCUGUGCGUCACACCACUUGUCAGCAUAUGAUUUCCUUCUUCCACUGCAGAACAAGAUCAUUACCAGAUGGUGUGGACCUGGGGCCUGGACUCCUUCUGUUGUGCAUUUAACUUCAUCAAGUAAUGUAAUGUUGCUUACCUUCUCACUGGACCGAAGAGGAGAAAACAAUAUAUUAAAAGCUCACUUUAAAGCCGUUCCUAAAAUUGUAUGUGGUGGUCAUUAUAUUUCCUGGAAUGGGACACUGAGUUCCCCUUAUUACCCAAGUUACUACCCACCCAACAUUGACUGCACCUGGAUCAUCAAGGCACCAUUGCCUGGUUACAAACUCUCAAUGAAAAUCCUUGUAAUACAAAUUCAGGAGAAGUCUCCAGGGUCCAGUAAAUGUGAUAAAGACUGGUUAGAAAUUGAUGGAGUUAGAUACUGUAAAGCUCUUUCAGAAAACAACAGAAACAGGAAAUAUGGCUAUUCUGUUACAAUCAACUUCCAUUCUGAUGAGCUGGUCACCCACAGAGGGUUUUAUAUUGAAUACAAAGCUUUCAGUCACACAGACCGCUGUAAUCCAGAACAGUCAAACUGUGGUGAUGGGAAAUGUAAACAUCAGUAUAAAUCUUGUAAAGAUGAUGACAGCUGUGGGCAGGACAGUGAUGAAAAGAACUGCUCCUACAAAAGUUGUUCCCCUUAUGCAUACAAAUGCCUCAAUGGAAAAUGCUUGCUGAAACCAAAUCCUGAGUGUGAUGGGAAAAGAGACUGUACAGAUGGAUCUGAUGAAAUGAGCUGUGCUUGUGGAAGACGCCAGCUUAAGAAAAACAGAAUUGUUGGAGGUGAAGAUGCGAGAUCUGAGAAGUGGCCUUGGCAAGCAAGUUUACAGCUGGGGGCGCGUGGCCACGUGUGUGGCGCGGCGGUGAUUUCCAACAGGUGGCUCGUGUCUGCUGCCCAUUGCUUCCUGGAUUCUGAUUCUGUGAGAUACUCUCUUCCAAUGGGAUGGAGAGCAUAUAUGGGCUCACAUACUAUUAAUGAAAAGAGCAAUCGUGCAGCUGUGAGAUCAAUCAUAAGGAUUAUUGUCCACCCACAGUAUGACCAGUCUGUCUCAGACUAUGACAUUGCCCUGUUGGAAAUGGAGACACCUGUACUCUUCAGUGAGCUGGUACAGCCCAUUUGUUUACCCAGCACCUCUAGAGAAUUUCUUUAUGGAACUGUCUGCUAUGUAACUGGCUGGGGAGCCGUAAAGGAAAAUAGUCAUCUUGCCAAAACACUGCAGGAAGCCCAAGUGAGAAUGAUUAACCAAAGUGUUUGCAGCAAGCUCUAUGGUGAUCUUAUUACUUCCCGUAUGCUGUGUGCUGGGAAUCUUAAUGGUGGUGUUGAUGCAUGCCAGGGGGAUUCUGGAGGCCCCUUGUCCUGCACAGGGAAGGGCAGUAGGUGGUACCUGGCAGGCAUUGUGAGCUGGGGUGAGGGCUGUGCUCGGCGCAAUCGUCCUGGUGUGUACACCAAGGUGACAGCACUCUAUGACUGGAUCCACCAGAAUACAAACCAGUGAGCCAAGGAGAAAACGCACAUCACCUCUAUGUGAGAGCUGCUUCCUACUGUAGUCGAUUUAUCAUGCAACAUGAAAAUGACACACUUCAUGAAAUAACACACUUUUUAAAUGAAGAAACUAUCAUUUGUGGUUCACCUAGCAAUAACUGUUCGGCCUCAGAGGAUCUUCAGAUUCCUUAUGGAUUCAUCUUCCUUAAGCCUAUUUGCAGAAACAGCACUAUCUUAAAAACAAAAUAAAAUGGAUUAGAACCUGUAACAAAAAUCAAGCCAUACCUCAUUCAUAACCCUUCUUCUCUCCUUCCUUGUCCCUUGUUAUCUGUAUUUGUUUCCACAUAUGCAUAUCUGGAUAAAUUGGCCACGUGCCAUAUAUUUUCAACUCUUAAGGGAUGUUACAGGAUUCUAAACAUAAAUAAUUGUUUCAUAGUUCUUAAAAAUAUGAAUAGUGUAUUGUGUACAAUGCUGAGAUUAAUUCUUUCUACUUAUGUCUGACUGCAUGACUUUUACUUUCUGGGCUGUAACUUUUGGGGUUUCUGCUGUGUUUUCUUAAAAAUAGCAGAUAUAUAGGCUCAAAAAUGUUAGAAUGCAAGAAAUUUUCACUAAAGAGCUGGAAGGGCAUGAUUUAGGUUCUUUGGGAUGAUGUCUAAAUAAAAGGAAGAAAUAAUUGAGUUGUGAUGCAGUAAACAAAAGGAAACUAUAAUGCUUUCUUAAAUUCUCUUUAGAAUUUGAACUAACUGUAGGGUUUAAUGUUUGCAAUAAGUUACAUGUGUAUUUCUCCAGCUCUGGCUCUGGCAUGCAUUGUGAAUUUUUAGCAUGUUCCUGGUAGGUUAGGAUUAUUUUUCCUGCUGUCCUCGGUCCAUAGUAAGCAGAGUUUCAGGCUCAGGAAAAUUCUUUUGUGUAUCUUUCUGGGCUGUGUGCACAAAGUCACACUAAAUUGAAAUGGACAUAAAAGGAAAAUGGAUUUGUGUGGUUGAAUGCAUCCUUGGGCUCAAAUGAAGUAAAAGAAGAAAUGACAGCAACAUUCCUUUAACCUUGGUAAUAAAUCUAGGUUGUAUAAUUUUAAUCUCCUAAUGAUCUUAUCACUCCAAAUCUAGCCAAUUUAGGGUUUCCAAAGCUAUUUCUGGGACUUCAGAAUACUACUACUUAGCCUAAUAAAAGAAUUGUUUAGAUGGCCAUAAGAUCAUUUAGAUGGUCUUUAAGUUGUGCUCAAUAUUUGGAAGUGUUUAGCUUUCACCUUCAAUAUAUAUAUUUAAAAAAUGAAGCUGGCAGUUUGAACAUCUUUUAUUGCUGUCCACACAGCUCACUUACUCUGCAGUACAUAAGUAUGUGAUCUUUGUUUAAUGUUAGACCCACCAUGGCAGAGUGUGGGGGAAGUGUUGAGAAGAACUAGCACUCACUGCAUGCAGUGAGAUUCCUCUUUCUAACACUGCUAUUGUUUUUCCUUACUUUCUCCUGUUGGGCAUCUUGCUCCAACUCAUGUCCAACUUAUAGCAUAAGUUAUAUUGAAAGCCUGUAUGUUAGGAGGUUUGUUUCUUUAGUGGCUACUCAAUUAAUCACAUCUUCCUUUUUAAUAAAUGUGUUAA